AUGGGUGUGGAUCCUCCGUCGUCGUGGAGUGUAAUGGCGCACAAAGCACUGUACGAUUUGGAUAAUCUUCACUUGGCGUCAGUCACACACGAUGCUGUAGUGGCUACAUACGCGAUCACUUCUAUUCUGCUUGAAGGUCACUGUUACGAUGGUAACCAGCCGCCACAGGGGCUGCAGUUUGACUUGGGAACUGCGUUUGUCCCGCAUGUCACCGACUCACUGGUGAUGAACAACCUGGGCUACUUUCAG